GGCAGAGGAAAGGGGUGACCGGGAGCAGCAGCCUACAAGAAGAAGGUGGGAGGCCUGUGCAAAUAUGAUGGGUGAACAGAUGCCUCAUCUCUGUCACACUAUUGUACCAUUAUUGGCUGGCAUUCAUGAACACAAUGUGAUUUUUGUCGUGUACACUUCAGAAUGUAAUCCUUCCAAUCCACAUAUCAUGAAAGAACUUCUGAUAAAAACUCUAUAUUCACUGGGUAGCAGACUAAUGGAUUCCAUGUUCAAUAUCAUCUGGUGUUCCAGCAAGGUGUUAAAAUGGCAGAAUGAAUUGGUAGAAUGUUCCCUCACCAACAUCAUGGAUGCAGCUUCUUGGAUCAGAACUCUGCAAAUGAAUAGCAUGGCGAAAGCCAGUGCUUGGAAUGCCAUUGAAGAAGCAAUAGAGGAUCCCAGCUGCCAAGCAAUAUAUCUGUUCACCAGCGGUUUGCCCGAAGGCUCUGUGGAAGAAAUCUGUAGGCGCCUGAAAGAGACAAAGCAAUUGUGUCCAGUGCAUAUUGUGCAAUUGGUAGAAAAUGGAGAGGACAAUAAAAUUAGCUGUCAAAAGCUAUUGGUGAACGUAGCCAAGAUGUCUGGUGGUUCUUUCCAAGCUAUUGAUGGAGCUUCCUGUGAGGAUAAGACUGGCUGUAAUUUAGGUUUUCAUCAUCCUGGUAGCAUCGGCAAUCAUCUCAGCUUCCCUCCACUGACAGAUCAUUGCACAAAACUGUUUCCUUUGGGCACAUGGAGUCCAGAUACUUGUAACACGUGUUUAAGAAGUUCCAUGCAAGAGAAUUUAGGAGAUUGUUCCACAAACAGCCAUCAUUUGCUGAGAGGGAUUCGAGUCCUUGCCAGAAAACAGACAGAUGGCUAUUACUAUCUUAGUCAUAUUGUCCAAAAGGUGAAGGAUUCCAAUGAACAUGUUCUAGUUGAGUUUGAAAGAUGCCAGCGAUCACGGACAGGUAAGACUCCAUUUCGAAGGCAAGAAAUGCCUCUGUAUGACAUUAUCCAUUACGAUGAUGCCAGGUGGCAGCCAUUAUCUGCAGGAGAUGGGACCCUUGCUCCAUGGGAGAAGAACGGCAGACGAUAUGGCCCAGGCAUCGUUCUCCAAGUAGCAGAAACCAGGCCAGAUUAUUCAGCUUUUCAAAAUAGCAAAGUGCUGAUUAACUUCUGGAAUGGCCAGACCAAGACAAUAUCAGCAGAUGUUGCUGUGAGGAUCCCUCUUUUGUUGUAUGAGCGCAUUGUUCUUGAGCUUCAGAUGCCAUUGACAGCCAGGCAGCUGUUGGUGGAGCAGAAUCCAGAUUAUCCUUCUGUUGUGCCACCUGGAUACCGAGCUUCUGAACCUUGCAGGCAAAACUAUUUGCCUUGGAUGCCUUGGCCUCAGACUCCAAAGAUCCAUUGUAUUGGUGUCUGUGGUAGCAAUACUCAUUUUUCUCCUUGGUCUUUCUGCUGUCCACUACAGAAUCAUAGUAUAAGUUCAACAUGGGCAGACGAUACUUUGAUACCAAGAGUCAGCCCAUCAAAAGAGGAGUUGAGCAAGAAAUUAGAAGACCAAUUUUCAAAAGGCAAACCUCCCACUUUGGAAAAUGAUAAGGAUGCAAAAGAAGAUAGCAGCAAACUAAAGAAGGAAACAGAUUUAGCAGAUGCAAAAUCUUGGGAAGAGAAGGAAAUCCAAGUUGUAGAACCCAGUAAGGACCAGAAAGCGAUGGAUUCGGAAGAUACCAUAAACAAUACUGGCACCGUGGUUGAUAUAGCGACCAAUACAGGCAAAUGGACAACUCAACAAAAACAGAAAUGUUUUUUACAGCCCAACCUGAGUGGAUCUUUAACCCAGCUUUCCCAAAGAAAUACUUCUCAGAAAACUUACUUUGCUAACAAUUCCAAACUCCAGGAUAAGCUUGACUGGGUGGACAGGUCACUGAAGAAAGAUCGUUUAGCUAUUGAAUCUGUUUUGCACAUGAGAAGGAGCUACAGUGCACCAUCAUCUGGACAGAGAUUAAUAGAGAAGGAAGCCCCUUGGGAUGGUCCCAGAGAUGUGGAUGCCAACUCAGCUAAGAUAAACUUCAAAUGGCAAAAGUGGGAGCAGAGACAGCUUAAGAAAGAGCAACAACAACAGGAAAGCCAUCACAAAAGAGAGAUGCGGCUUGAAAAUAAGAGGCAGCAGUUUCUCCAGUGGACACUGCAAGGCUCACAAAAGCUGCAGGAGCAGAGUGACAGGGCUGAGCAGCAUCUGGAGCAGCUGCGAGAGGCAACAGCAGAGAGGAGAAGGCAGGAGUCCCAUUUGUGGGAAGAAGAAGGAAAGAAAGAGAACCAAAGGAAGGAAUUCUUAAAGGCACAGCACAAGCAGAGGGAGAAGCAGCUGGCAAAAUAUAAUCAAAUGAUUGAUGACCAGGAAAAAAAGAGGCUGGCACUUCUCAGGAAUAGAAAAGAAGUCAUGCAAAAGAAUGCAGAAAUUGCCCUGAAGGAACAGGAGGCAGAAAAUAAGAAGAAGGAAGCUGCCAAUUGCCAGGGGUUCCAAAAGCGAGAGCAGAUUUUACAGAAUAAAGAAAAGGAGAGGCAGAUGCAGAAAGGACUCCUACAGUAUCUCAGGGAACAGGACCUCUUACUGCUCCGUGCUUCUAUGCUACCAUAGAAUAAAGCAAUUUCUGCAGCCAAGGCACUAAGAGUGUUCACAGAUAAUACCUUGUGAAAUGGUUCUUCUGAGUCGGAAGCUGAGUGCUUACCUGAGAACUGGAGAUGGUGUAGCAAAUGAUCACUGCUUAUCAUCCUUGUUUUCAUUUUCAUCUUAGUUAUGUUCAAGCCACUUUUUCUGAUUUUCAUAUUUCAUUUCAAUUAUGCUUCAGCUUAUUUCUUGAGAAACUGCAAAACUUCCUGGUCUUUCCAAUACUCCCAGAAGCACCUUUGAAAUGUAUACUAAACUUAGAAGUGGGAUUGCGCCAACCUCUUGAAAUGUGGUCAUGUCCACAAAUGUAUCCCAAUAUAUUAAAAAAAAAACCUUCAGAUUUAUUUAACUAGAUCAAAAUUUGCUGUCAAUACAGUU